AUGAAUUACAUUUUUAGUAUCCUACUAUUAACACUAUGUUUGAUUUCAAAAUGCUUAGCAGACACAGACUAUUUCGUGGGCCAACUGAUCGCUGCUUUUGAUCUUGACUCCUCCUUCAAUGUGAACAAUUUCGGAAUGCUUGAUAAUGAUCUAGAUACAAACAAGGACUCGGAAGGAUUGCAGGAAUUCACUCCCAUCAGAAAUACAAUCAAGCAAACAGAGCUUCAGCAGUAUUCGUUUAUUGUGAACACGAGUACUGGUUUGGGUGAAUACUACGAGUAUUUGAUUUUUAUUACAGGCAACAUUUGUGACCAGCCCGAUGAUCUAAGUGCAAGUGCAAACCAAAGUUUGACAUUAUACUACUCAUUCAAUGCUUCGAUGUUCGAGAACUAUGAACUAGGUACGAUGGUUCAUUUUGAGAAUGGGUAUUUCCUGGCUUUGGCUGAUGUACCUGUUUCAAGUGGAGAGGAUUCAAUCUUGUACAUUGGUGUUAGAGCUCCUGAAAGCACCAAUGUUACAGCUUCGUGGUCUUAUGAGAUUGGUGUCUCUCAAAACGAUUUGGUUUAUCAAUGGGAUAAUCGCUCAUUCGCUCAAGUGGUUGAUACCGAUGCUGAACUGGCCCUCAUAGUGACUGGUAAUUUGUCUUCGAAUGGACAACAUGCUUCAGACUAUAACGCAUCAUCGUCCAGAUUUCAGCUUUUUAUCUACUCAUAUGAAGACAUCGAUCAUUUCAAACACUUGAAUAGCUCCUGGUGCGCAGUGAGAAAUGGGCCGGCCCUUCUCAGCACUGGUAUGUUUAACAGUUCUUACACCAAUCGUGGCGGUGCGCUUCGUCAACAGUUUCUUGUCGGUGGAUUGAACGCUAGCACGAAGUAUGUUGGUUUCUUGGUGUCUGACUUCUCGGGCUCUAAAUUGGGUGGUGCCGUCUAUUCCAAGUUCGAGUUCGAGACAAUGAGCCCUACCUCGUGCAACUUGAUUUACGAUCUAGAUUUUUGUGAUGAAGUGGCUUACUCAACAAAAGCGCUCUAG